GUAAUGGCAACCUACACUUGUAUCACUUGCCGUGUGGCUUUCAAGGAUGCUGACAUUCAGCGUGCCCAUUACAAAACUGACUGGCAUAGAUACAACCUGAAGCGUAAGGUUGCUGACAUGCCUCCUGUCACUGCUGAGAAUUUCCAAGAGAGAGUCCUAGCGCAGAGGGCAGUAGCAGAGGAGCAGAACAAAAUCACUGCCACUUACUGCACAGUUUGCAGCAAGAGAUUCUCCACCUUCAAUGCCUACGAGAAUCACUUGAAGUCCAAGAAGCACCUGGAGUUGGAGAAGAAAGCUGUUCAAGCUGUCAGCAAGAAGGUGAAAAUAUUAAAUGAAAAGAACCUGGAAAAGGGGCUGGCCCCAGAGAGCGUAAACAAAGAUGAAAUGAACACAGCUAUUCAGCAAGCCAUCAGAGCUCAGCCGUCUUCGUCUCCGAAGAAGACACCUUUACCUCCUAGUAAUGCAAGUAGCUCUCUGGUUUCUACAGGAAGCACCAGCUUAUCACAGAGUAGAGAACGAUCAGAAAAACCUCCACGGCUACAGUGGUUUGAACAGCAAGCAAAGAAGCUGGCCAAACAACAAGCAGAGGAGGAAGAGGGUGUGGAAGAAGACUGGGAAGAUAUGGAUUCUGAUGAAGACAUCAGCUCUGAAGAAGAGAUGGAGAGUGUGGGAGAAGAAGAGGAGGAGCAGGCAGAAGCUGAAAGCACUCCUCCUGUUGGGGCCAUACCAGUCACGGACUGCUUGUUCUGUCCCCACCAUUCAAGAUCUCUCACGAAAAAUGUGGCACAUAUGACAAAAGCUCACAGUUUCUUCAUUCCAGACAUAGAGUACCUUGUGGAUCUCAGAGGACUGAUCAAGUACCUGGGAGAGAAGGUUGGAGUUGGGAAAAUCUGCAUCUGGUGCAAUGAAAAAGGGAAAUCCUUCUACUCUACAGAAGCAGUACAGGCUCACAUGAAUGAUAAAAGCCACUGCAAACUCUUCACAGAUGGAGAUGCCGCCCUGGAAUUUGCAGACUUCUAUGAUUUCAGGAGCAGUUACCCUGAUCACGAGGAUGGGGAAGAUGUGGAGGUGCCUGGAGAGCGCCCAGCAGAGAAAGAGUUGGAUUAUGAUGAUGACACCAUGGAGCUGAUCCUUCCUUCAGGUGCAAGAGUGGGUCAUCGUUCUUUAAUGAGAUACUACAAGCAACGGUUUGGUCUGCCAAGAACGGUGGCUGUUGUGAAAAAUAAGAAAGCAGUGGGUCGGGUGUUGCAGCAGUACAGAGCUUUGGGCUGGACAAGUCAGACAGGGGCAGUCUUUGCUCAGCAGCGUGAUAUGCAGUACCUGCAGAGGAUGAAGUCAAAGUGGAUGCUCAAGACAGGAAUGAGUAACAAUGCUACAAAGCAGAUGCAUUUCCGGGCGCAAGUCAGAUUCUGAGUCCCCAAGAGAGCUGCAUGCAACUGGUUUUGGGAAGGGGGAUUUCAUGGUUUCUGUGUCGAGGAUUCUGUUACUAAAAUGGACUUGGUACCUAUCAAAAGGGGAUGUGUAUGCUGGUGUGCCUUCCCGUCUGUGAGAAGAAGAACAGGGAGCUUGUCGCUUCCAGUGAAAUGAUGGUUGGCCUAACUUAAAAAAUAAAAUACCUUAAAUGGAAUAUGUGGCAAAGUAGUCAUGGCUAUGAGUAAAGAUGCAUGCAUAGUCCUGCUGCCCAUCUUUGUGCAAUCCAUUUCUGUGGGGCAGUUGACAUUGUCAUUUGUCUGAAUAUCUUCCGUUUCCAAUUCUGCAAAAUGGUUGAGGCCAAGAGAAGAUCCUAGAUGUAAGAGCCUGAGAUAGAGUGUAUCGAAGGUUUUCACUUGUGGUGCCAGACAUAAGUUAGCUGGGUGUUUUGGACUUCUAGCUGGCACUAUUGAGGUGAAAAUUUGAGAGCAGAGAUUCUGGGAAGGUUAAGCGAUAACUGAAGAAAUGCACUGAUGGAAAACAUAACUCCAGGAUUAACAUUGUCCUCAGAAGUUGACUGCACUUGCUUAAUGCUCCAGCUCAGGGCUGGAUUAAUAAUUUACAGUGCAGUUGUUUUAUGUUGAAUUUAAUGAAUUUUCAUUACCUAAAAACUGCUCAAAAUUACCAUAACACUUAGAUGAAUGUCAAUCAACAUUUCUGACGAUCUGUUAAAGAUUUCCUGAUUAAAACUCUGAAGUUACUAUUGAUG